CAACUUUUGAUGACGUAUCACACACCGUGCUGCAUCGGAUUGACCUCCCGUGCUUGAAGUAAGGCACGCUGGAAAAGCUGCGCGUGAGACAUGGCGUCUAGUCGUCUGGGCCUCCUGCGUCCAUGGCUCUGCUCCAUCAGAAGGCCUGUUGUGAGCAGCGCAGCACGAAUGCCUCCUCUCACUCAACAUCUCUGCCCCCAUGUUGUCGUCUCCACGCCUGGCUACGCCCGCCAUUACGCUACCAAGAAAAGUAAAGCGAAAGCCAAGAGCCAGACGGCUAAAGUGAGCAUCAACGCCGCCCUGGUGGAGGAGAUCAUCAGCCUGGACGAGGUGAAGGAAGACAUGGCUGCUGCGCUGACCACGCUGAAGGACGACUUCAGCCGCAACCUGAGCAUCAGAACCUCACCAGGCGCGCUUGACCACAUCACCGUCAGCACCAAGGAUGGUAAAUUCCCUCUGAACCAGCUUGGACAGAUAUCCAUGAAAUCUCCACAGCUCAUCAUCGUCAACAUGGCCAGCUACCCCGAGGCCACAGCAGCAGCCACCCGCGCACUACAGGAGAGCAGCAUGAAGCUGAACCCAGAGGUAGAGGGCACCAUCAUCAGAGUCCCCAUUCCUAAGGUGACCCGGGAGCACAGGGAGAACCUAGCCAAGCUGGCCAAGCAGUUCAGCAACAAGGCGAAGGAGUCAGUGAGGAGAGUUCGCUCCAACGCCCUGGCGCAGGUGAAGAGGAGUAAAGAGGGCGUGUCCGAGGACACCAUCCGCCUGGUCGAAAAGCAGGUUCAGCAGAUGGCCGACGCUUUCGCCGCAGACAUCGACAAACAGCUGGCCUCUAAAACCAAAGAGCUCCUGGGCUCCUGAGUGUUUAACCAAGCGCUCCGGACGACGUGAUUUAUUCUGCGUGUAAUCCCCGAGUCGAGUCAGAACCUCCCAAAAAUAUCCACACAGACCAUAACGUUUCUUUCGAGCUAAAUAUCCCAUAACCAGCGUGCUGAUGAAGCCGGACCGGUAGGAGGCGGGGCUGGGGCGUUAGUUGUUUUGUGUGUUUCCACGGCACAUAAACAUACACCGCACGACACGGCAGAGACCGAUCUGCGGCCACGCCCAUCCUCACGUCCUCAAAACAAACAGCCGGGAGGACAGAUGAAGUUUUAAUGUGCUUGGAGGUCCCACCCUGCUAAUCAGAGCGAUGCCACACGGGCCACGCUUAUGGAAGAAGUGCAGAAGUAAAGUAAACUCGUCAGGAUGGAGCUCGUUUGUUUCCUCUACGCUGUUUUUUAAGAGGUUUUCUGUUUGUGGGAAUAAAAUAUGAAGCAUUUUUUUGGGGGGGAUUGGUUCAAUCGUGUGUUGUUUUUUUGGCACAGGUGACAUUUAUCUCCCACAAUUUUCUCCCCCAAAAGAACACCAUGCAUAUCAGGAAGGGUUCGUUUUUAAGUGCAAUUAAAAAUAUAUAUAUAUAUAUAAAUAAAUAAAGCCAUCAGGGUGAGUGAAUAAGCAGGCGAGGCUGUCCACAGGCAGGUUUCCACAGAGCCCAGGUCCAUAUGUCAGUAAUUUGGGGGGGCAUUGUGUAUCUUGGCCUGGACUGGAGGCUCAUGAUCGAUGAAGGGGGUGAAAAUCCCGAGUCUCUGGCUCCGUGCACCGGCCUGAAAAUUGCUUUCAGCUGAUAGCUUCACUUCGCUUUACAUUUAUCACGCGGAUUGCGGCGUGUCUCUCUCUGUUUACGGGCCGCCAUGACGGAGGCGAUGGAAGGGUGGCAGGAGCCGGGGGCCAAAUGUUUUUCCUUCUGUGUCGCUGAAAAUAUACACGCUGAAAUUGACUCUGUAAACUUUCAGAUUGGAAAGCCCGCUCCUCGGUCGGAGUCUCGCUCUCGAUUACUCGCUCAUCUCAAACACGUCUUAAUAGAAAACCACAGGGGAAACAACAUGGCUGCCGCUGCUGGAUUUUUUGGCCGCUUGAUCUGAGAAACCGGUACGAGAGCGAAGGAGCGGUUUCAGUUCCUUUACCUCCGUCUCAGAUUGCUGUUUACACCGGAGAAGGUGUUGAUUCAUUUUCCAUAACAGCAGCUCAGAAAGUAGUUCCGGCUGUUUUUUUUGGGUUUUUUUUUUUAAAUGAAUGCGCUUCUCGCGUUUCUAUAGUAACGCAUGAUGACCUUGAUGUAUAGUGUGUAGAAUUUGUUGAUAUUAUCGUUAUUAAUGGUCGGUUUUCUGUUAGGAGACGUUUAUACGUUUAUGGAAGGAGUCUUCAGUUUCAGCCUCGUAGGGAAGGAGUUCACACUUCCGGUUUGACCUGGUCAAAAGCAUAAAUUUUCCCAGAACAGCAAGACAUGAAGUGUGUUAUUCCUCUCUCUCACACACACACACCAUCUACAUGUACACUUUAUGAGAAGUCUUAUUUGUGGAUUUGUAAAAUCCAGGCAUUUUUUUAUUUACCUUCGCACCCUUUCCGUUAACAUUAUGCGGGGUUUGUAGUGUCGGUUGCGGUGCACGAGACGGCGGGAUUGACCGUAAAGCAUGUGACUGAAGUAGAAAUGUGAACUACGCGACUCUCAGCGACGUUUUUUUUUUCUUUCUUUCCCGUCUGGUUUAUAUGCAGAUUAUUUACGCUCGAGCUGCAGCACUCAUCCCGCCGUAUAGUCUCGUGGCAGUGCGCGAGCGCCGACAUCCCGGUUUCGGUGGAGAGCACGAGCACUUGUGCAAACGGUGGGGGACUAGCGAAAAAAGAAGAAGAAGGAGAAGAAGCGGUCUAUUAUUCUCAUCCCGGGCCGCGCUGAUUACGGCUCUGUGCCGUGGAUGGGUGGCGAGGCGCGAGGAGGACGGUGGGGCUCGAGAGCGCGUUUAAUCACUUCAGCGCUGCUCUGAAUUGGCUCGCCGCGUCCUCGCCUGUCUCUCGAGUGCGCGAGGCCACCGACGGCCUCAUCAAGGAUCCAAUCAGCUUAACUGCGGAAUGCACUUCGGAAAGCGAUAUUUCUUUUUUUUUUCUUUUUUUCCUCCCUCUUUUCCGCCGCUGCCUUUAAAAAGAGGGCACGCGGCCUCACUGCAUAUGCAAAUUGCACCGAGGAAAAUUAACACGAUUUUCCCUUUCUCUCUUUCUCUCUCUCUCUCUCUCUCUCUGUGUGUGUGUGUGUGUGUGUGUGUGUGAGACUCUUCUGAUAGCGGCUCGUGUUUCAAAAGCGCACAAUUAUUCCAAGGUUGUUGGAUCGUUUUUCUCUUUUUUGAUUCCCAGUUUAUUAUUUUGUUGUUGUUGUUUUUCUAAAAAAAAAAAAAAAAGUCCCUUAACGAAUUACACACUUUAUUUUAAUCAGCGCUUCUGUUCCUCAACAAAAUGACAGCUGAAUCAUCUGCGCCUCGCUCUCCAGACGGCUGGAUGUCGGAGCCACACUGCGCCGCAUAGGAUGUAGAAAUCAUUACUUCAUCCCCUUCGUGACUCGCAUCAUGUAAGGAGCAAUUUGGAUGAAAAGGCUGUAAAAUGCUGCAUUCAGGCUACAAGCCGUGGCACCGGAGUGAAGCCGUCUAUGCUAAGCACGUGGCUUUUCUAGCUUUAGCAAAGAGAGAGAGCUUAAAUAAUUUAGUGCACCUUGAAAUCUUUAUGUCCUCAGCAUGGAUUGGGCCCCAAGGGCCCCUGAUGUAUACUGAAGAAUAUUUAUAUAUUUUUAUUUAUCCAUAUCGUGACAUUAUCGUGACGCGCUCCAGCAAAGGAGAAAAAUUGAAGGCGUUAGAAAAAAGUUAAAGAAAAGAGGACCAUUAAACAUUGCGAUCAGAUAUUAGAAAAAAAUAAACAAUAUAUAUCACAAUAUGUUUGUUAUGCCAUAAUAUUGAAAGUUAUUUAUUUUAUUUUUUUAAUUCUUAUAUCUUUAUAUUGGUAUCUUUUACCCAGAAAGGAUCCUGUGUAAUGUGACGUUAAAGUGAAUCCUGAUCCGUUUUUCUACAUUAAACUAUCUAAUUAACUAUAAAGAGGUUUUAGAGCUAGCGCUUUACGACUCUGCCCUGUAGGUGAGGAAACAGGUCAAACUUUUCAUUUUGUUGUAUUUCUGUAAAAGUACCAGAGACUCAGGUGUGUCAUCCAGGUGUGUGUGCAGUGGUGCGAUCGCUAACGACCUGGAGCGGAUCAUCGUUACGACGUCUGAGCGCUUAAGUCUGUCGUUUCGUAUCGUCUGGACGUCGUGAUUACAGACACGGGAGGAAUUAUAAGUUUAGCUUUUGCGUCCGAGACAAUUUCCUGCCCUCGUCUUGAUCCUAAGUGAGUAGACACCCAAACCACCCCCCUCCUCCUCCCCCCACACACACCCCGUCGUCUCUGAGGGCCUGCACUCGGGUCUCAUGGGAAGGCUGUAAUCAGCGUACGGGGAGAGAGAGAGUGGGGAUGAGGAGCGGCGGGUGAGCGGGCGGGGUCAGCUAUCUACCACAUGUUAUUUAUACAUUAUCAAACCACACACUGAUCCUCCUGCAGAAGAACCUCCGGUUUUCAUCCUACUCUCCUGGGGUCAGUAUUAUCUAUCCCAAUUUUUUCUCCCCAUUCUGAAAAUAAGCACAAAUACACACAAUCAUAGAAUUUUUUUUUUUGGUGAGUACUGCAACGUUGUGACGUCAUGUGGUCACGUGUCAAGAAUAAAGAAUUUAAGGAGAAUUAUUUUUCAGGCUGUGAUGCGCUGUGGUGUUUGGAGCUUGAGGAAUCGUGGUUAUUUCUGUAGAACAGGUUGUUACACAAUGUUAAGAAAUUGCUACUGUAGAUCAGGACACACCCACAUGGGGCGGGGCAUGUAGUAGGCAUCUUAGAGAGGUGGAUGAACACAAGAAGAGUCGAAAUGAGACGUAAAAUAACUUUGUCAUGGUUUUUAGUGUAUAUUUUUU